AUGCCUGUGUUUUACACCCCCAUACCCCAGAACUUGAGAGUGGGUCUCACCCAUGCUAGCAGCUCUGUGUUCAUCAACAACAGAACGAGGGACAGUGGUGACCUGAGGGAGCACAGUGUGGAGGAUGAAGUUUGCAGUGAAGUGUCGUCACAUCUCCCUCUGCAGAUGCUGCUCUACUUUAACAUGUUCUUCUUCCCUUUCUGGUGGAUCUCUGAGGUCGUCAUGCUGGACCUAAAGUUCUGUAUGCUGCCAGGAUACUACCAGUGUCUGAUGGUGACGGGAAUGGUGCUAAUUAGCUUAUUUGAGGUCCUUCGUGUCUAUCUGGGUUAUGUUGGAAACCUGAAAGAAAAGGUGCCGGAGCUGGCUGGUUUCUGGCUGAUCUCCUUCCUCUUCCAGCUGCCCAUUCUGCUCUUCUUUCUCAGUGAUGAAGGGCUGAUGAUUCUGCCUCUGGAGCGGGCGGUGCACUCUCUGUAUCUGGCCUUUCUGCUGGGCGAAGUGUGCGCCUCCUUUGUGGCACUGCGGGUCAUGACCCGAAAACUGGCCCUGCAGUUUCAUCUCAGACAGUUUGGCCUCCACGCUACAGACACACUGUCUGUGUUCGGCGCCAGGAGUGUGUUACCCCUGCUACCUGUCAGAGACAUCCAGCCACAGUGA